AUGCAAACCAGUACCUUGCUCCUCUGUCCUCCUCCUCCUCCCCCUACCCUCCUCCUCCCACCCUCCUCCUCCCACCCUCCUCCUCCCACCCUCCUCCUCCCACCCUCCUCCUCCCACCCUCCUCUUCCCACCCUCCUCCUCUCCUCCCACUCCUUCUCAUCCUUCCCUGCAGGCCUGCGCAAGAACAAGCAGACCACCACCCUGCCCACCAAGCCAGCGGACCACGACGAGCCGGUCACCCCAGAGGAGAUCGUCGUCCUCACUACCCUCCCUCCACUCCUUGCUCUCUCUCCUUUUCCUUCCUAUGCAGGUCUGCGCAAGAACGACCACCUGGCGGAGAAUAUUCUCACUCCCACAACUAAAGCAGCGGACCACGACGAGCCGGUCACCCCAGAGGAGAUCGUCUCCCGCGGGCUCAUGACCCGGGAGGAGUUGCUCUCUGUGUGUCCCUCCCUCCCCCCCACCCCCCCAUCUCCUGCUCUUUUGCCCUCCUGUGCAGGCCUGAGAAAGAAUGACCGCCUGGCAGCGAACAUUCUGACCCCCACCACUAAAGCAGCGGACCAUGACAAGCCGGUCACCCCAGAGGAGAUCGUCUCCCACGGGCUCAUGACUCGGGGGAAGUUCGAGACGACCAGGGGGGUGCUACUGAAGCCCAUUCUCGAAGCCCUUCAAGAGUACAAAUUCCAUUCUUCUCCAUCUGUCCAUGUCCCUCUCCCCCACACACACCCAGGCCUACGCAAGAACGACCGCCUGGCUGCCAACAUUUUGACGCCCACCACGAAAGCGGUGGAUCACGACGAGCCGGUCACCCCAGAGGAGAUCGCUUCCCGCGGGCUCAUGACUCGGGAGGAGUUUGAAACCACCAGAGAUCUGGCGCUGAAGCUGUUUGCGUUCGGACAGCAGGUGGCGGGGGAGCAUGGGCUCAUGACCUGCGAGGAGUUUGGGACGGCCAGGGACUUGGCGCUGAAGCUGUUCGCGUUUGGGCAGCAGGUGGCAGGGGAGCACGGUUUGAUUCUGGUGGACACCAAAUACGACUCACACCGUAAGCAGCAGGUGGCGGGGCAGCACAGGCUCAUUCUGGUGGAUACCAAGUACGAGUUUGGGAAGGACUCGGACGGGAACAUUCGACUCAUUGAUGAGCAGGUGGCGGGGGAGCACGGGCUCUUUCUGGUGGAUACCAAGUAUGAGUUUGGGAAAGAUUCGGAUGGGAGUAUUCGACUGAUCGACGAGGUGCACACACCCGACUCCAGCCGCUAUUGGAUCGCACCCACAUACGAGCAGAGCAGAGGGGCUGCAAUUCAACCCUCUUUUCCUCCCUGUCUCUCCUUUUCCUUCCCCUGCUCUUCCCCUUCUAACUCUCUUGCCACUCAGGUGCACACACCAGACUCCAGCCGCUAUUGGAUUGCAUCCACAUACGAGCAGAGACACGAAGAGGGGCUAGAGCCGCAGAAUAUAGACAAGGUGAGGAUAUGUGGACAAGGUGACCGCUGUUUGCUGUAG